AUAUGUAGCUUUAUUUCUUUGAUUGAAAGCAAAGUAAAACAGCUGACUGCCUCGUGUACAGAACUGCGCUUGCGCUGCUUUGGCGCCCAAUAAUAAUACGGGGUCCAAUUCAUUCAAUUGCAUAACAAAUACGCAAGGAAAAUAACGGUAUCGUUAUCGUGUGUGCCCACGCUCAGUCAGAUACUGACGUGCCUGUCCCAACGGUCGUGUACGCGGAUUCCCCCGACUCCGCUUCCCGCGUUUUAUAGCUGGAAAAAGUGUCCAUCUAUCCGAGACAAACUCUCCACUUCAUCCGCCAAAGAACGCAAAUUGCAGCCGUUCGAAUGGAUUAAUAAUUGCGAGAAAACGUAGUAUGCCCUGCCCAUGUAAUAGCUGCACUUCGAGUGGAAAACACUGCUCAUAGCAUCGGUCCAGGACUUCAGACCAGGACAAGUCCGUAGUCCUCAAAGUUUUGGCAGGCGGAUUCGGAUUCGCUUUCACAAUUGUGUGCGCGUCCCAUGGCAGAACUGGUUCCGCUGCUGCUGGCUGGCUAGGAACCCCAAACCGGAAACGGGCCACGCAAUCGGAAUUGGAACCGGAACUCGAACUCGAACUUGAACUGGAACUGGAACCGAUUUCGCAAACGAUCAAAGGGAUUAGCAAGGCAUGGACACCGCUGCCGCCGCCGCCGCUGCAGUCGCCGUUGACCUGAAACCCGAUCAGCAGCUCCUCGGCAGUUCGACAAAGUCCAGGAUUGGACCCGGACCCGGAGGCGGAGGAGGAGGAGGAGGAGGAGGAGGAGCUAGUGGCUGCGAUUGCCUGGGCAGCACCGUGGAGACCAUGUCGCUGACGCCGCCACCCACGCCGCCAUCGCGCGCCUGUGAUGGCGCCGUCGAAUCAGGUGUUCCCAGUGCCCAGGCCGAGGCUCACGCCAAGAACGGUCUGAAGGGCAAGGAGGCGCCCGAAACCGCGUCGUCAGCAACUGAACCCACUCAGCCGGAUCUGCCCACCACCACAUCAACGUCUUCCGCCAAAGCUUCUACAACGCCAACGUCUGCCUUGCCGGGAUCGGGAUUGGGAGUGGGAUUGGGAUCGGUAGGCGCAGCAACGGAGCAUCCACCAGCUGCAGCUCCUCCAUCAGUGCCCAGCUCCAGCAGUAGCUCCGGAUCUGGUUCCGGCGAGAAUGUGGUCCAACUGUUGCCCUGGCAGGAAAUGCCCACGUAUCUGCAGUUCAAUCCGUACGUGCUCCGGGGAUACCGACCCCUGCAGACCUUCAAGGGAUGCCUGCUCAGUCUCUUCUACUGGCACAACGAGACCAUCAACAUACUGACACACGCCAUACCCAUCUUCUACAUCCUGGCGAUUGUGCCGGGACUGAUGCCCUGGGACAGUGGCUACAAGUUUCUGUCGUUCUGUCACGUCUUUGGAUCGGUGGCUCCCUGGUGCGGAAGCUUCGUCUACCAUCUGUUCAUGAACAUCGAGAAGGGCGAGAACGUCUACUACACGCUGCUCAAGUUGGACAUGGUGGGCAUCUGGGUGAGCCAGAGCUUCGGUGCCCUGCCCCUGGUCACGGCCACCACCUUGUGUUUCCCGCCGGUGCUCAAGUGGCUGAUCAUUGUCUCCUAUUGCGUGCUCUCGCUGUGGGGCCUCUACAAGGCUCUGACGGCCAGUUCGCCCUGGCAGCGGCGUUUGUGCUUCGCCUUGCCCUUUGGCAUGCGCUCCAUCCUGACCUUCCUGCGCAUCCGAGGAAUGGUGGGCGGCAGCCACAUGGCCCUUUCCCAUGUCUACCUGCAGGUUGAAGUUGACGGCGUCUCCAUACUGGGCGGGGCCAUCGGAGCGAUGCGGAUCCCCGAGAAGUGGUUCCCAGGAGUGGUCGACUUCUAUCUGAACUCCCACAACAUUAUGCACGUGCUGGUCGUGGUGGCAGUUUACUCCAUGCACAAGGCCACCAUCAAGGACUUCGAGUGGAUGUCGACGCAGACCUGCCACACGGCCGCCAACGCCACGGAGCAGGCUCUGGGGCACGUGGAGCUAUGACCCGCUUAUUGGCUGCUGCCGCUGGUGCUGCUGCCCUUGCCGUGGAUAAUCCUGGCCAAGAGGCGUGCCCGAAGGCACUUGAUCCGCGCCCUGAUCGCUCC